AUGGAGCAGGCGCACUUCGACAACACCGUCGUCGUUGGUGACGCGACGUGGGCCCGCGACGUGCAGCGGAAAUGCGUCAGGGAGGCCACCGCUGCCCUCCAGAUCAUCGAGACGAGGAUCACGCAGAACAAGGGCCUGUCCGGGGGCGGCGUGAUGCUGGGGCGCGGCGGGAUCGCCCUGUGCUACCUGCAUCUUGACGCGUGCUUCAGCGACCUGCCGCCCUACACCCCGGAGAACGAGAUACUCGUGGAGAACGCCCCGCAGUUCAGCCCCUCGUCCUGCGUGCAACAGGCCCAAGUCCACCUCGCCGCGGCAGAGAAGAUGAUGGCCUCGAAGCAGCUGCGGGCGUCGUUCCUGGAGGGCCUGCCGGGCGUGCUGGCCAUCCGCGCCACGUGCCACAGCCGCAGCGGCCACACCGACCGGGCAGUCGCGGCGGUCCGCGAGCUGGAGCAGCUGUACGACGCCAUCGACCAGCAGCUCGCACCGGGCGAGUGCGAGGUCCUGUACGGCCGCUCGGGCUACCUCUGGUCCCUGUGCGCCGUCGAGGACAUGGUGGGGUCCGGCACCGUCAACCGCGAGCUCGUCACGCGCGUCGCCUCGCGCGUCAUCGCCACGGGGCUCCAGAACGCAGGCGCAGCCGGGAGCGAGGGCGCGCGGUUCGGCCUGUGGUAUGAGUGGCACGGCAAGGCGUACCUCGGCGCGGCGCACGGCCUGUGCGGCAUCCUGUCGACGCUGCUGUUUGCACACACCGUGUUCGGCACCGAGGCGCUCGGCGUGACCCCGCAGCAGUUCGCCGACAUCGUCCACCGCGCGCUCCGCGCCCUGCUCGACGAGCGCUACGCCUCGGGCAACCUCCCGUCCUCGCACGGCUCGCGCACGGACCGCCUCGUGCAGUGGUGCCACGGCGCGCCAGGGCUGAUGAUGCUCCUCGCGCAGGCGCUGCCGUUCGUGAAGCGGUCGCUGGAGUCGCCCUCGCCCGGGUGCCCCGCAGUGCCGGAGCAGGAGAUCAGGGACGCGCUGGCCGCGGCCUCGGAGGUGGUGUGGCAACGCGGGCUGCUGCGCAAGGGCUGCGGGCUGUGCCACGGCAUCGCGGGCAACGCGUACGCCUUCCUCGCGGCGUUCCGCGCGACGUCGGACCCCACGUACCUGCACCGCGCCACCGCGUUCGCCAGCUUCAUGGCCGACUCCUGGCGCGAGCUCGCCGACGUUCCCGACCGGCCCUUCUCCCUCUACGAGGGACUGGCGGGGGCGGUGUGCCUGUGGUUCGACAUGCUGCGGCCGCUGUCCGCGAACAUGCCGGGCUUCGAGGCGGACGCGUCGCCGACGCGCUACUCCGUGGACUCCACGAAGCGGGGCAGCGGCUGCGGCAACAGAAGCAGCCAGCGGGUCUCCCUCGACGAGGCUGCGCCGAACGGGAAGGCCUCGUCGCCAACGGGGGGGCUCCUGUCGCGCAACCUCGCGAAGGACCUCCCGAAGGUCCCGCUUCUGCCAUGA